CUCUACUCUAUGUAGGACACUAAAAGUACAGAGUUGUAUGAUAAAUGGGUCUGUGCAAUCUGAAGUUGUAGUAUGCAUAGUUGGAUACCUUCUCCCACUGAGAGAGAUAGUGUGAUGUGAUAUUUUUUAAUAUUUAACUACUAUCGAUAGGGUAUGUAUUCUGGAUAUCCACUUAUCAUCGAGGAUAUGAUGCGCGCACCACCGGAUACUCAACGUUUGUAACGACAAGAAGCAUUCCCAAAUACGCGUUCCUAUUCAGAUCUCCAGUAGUAAACUCGCAAAAUCGAAACCAUGGGUGCAUUCAGCUUUGGUAAGAAAAUUAGUAUAUUGGAAGCUGCCGAAAUAGGUGACAUGAAGACAGUGAUGAAAAAACUUAAGAGGGAGGAUAACUUAAAAAUGCGUGACAGCAACGGAGAUACGGCUUUACAUUGUGCUUGUAGAAACAAUCAGAUUCGUGUGGCUAAAGUCUUGCUCGAGGCAGAAGCCGACGCGAACGAGAAAUCACAG